AUGUACGCCUUCGUCUCCUUAGAGCGGAUCGGCGGAUGGAUGUGCUGGGACGCGUCGGACGCCACGGCUCCGGUCUUUCAGUCGUACGUCAACUCGUACGAGGAAGACACGGCUCCCGAAUCGGGCGCUAUUCUUCCGGCGGAGUACUCGCCCACCGAGAACGCCCUCCUGCUGGGGGCGUUCGAGGAGAGCAACACCCUCGCCAUCUUCGAGCUCGUCGUCUGA